CGUUAAUUUCGUGGACAACAUAAUCAACAUGUCACUUGUUCAGUGACUUGGUUUGGAUUGUUCCUCGAUUGCCGAACCUAAAUUCUGCAAUAAUUGUAGAUUUAGGCCUCUUCGAUAGCUGACAGUUAUCUAAGGUGGACAGGAUGGGUUCUCAAGAGCAGAUGUAUGAGUUAUGGAUGCAUUAUAGCUCAAAGAGAGACAUCCAGUUUUUCAAGAGGUAUGUGGAUCGAUUCCUCCAACAAUACCCAGCUUCAAUCGAUUUGGAAUUCACACAUUUAGCAGAAGGGAGGACACUAAGUGGUCCCAACUCUGCGACCCUCCCAGACGGUCUGUUAGAGACAUUGGUGGUUGAGCUGGCAUCCUGUAGUCUGCAAUGCAAGGAGGUGAUAUCUGAUUGGGACGUCUUGCAGUACGCCACACAGAUUGUACAGGUGCUCAUCGCAACAUGCAGACACCAUGACAACAUUGCCCUCGUUGGAUCCUGUGAAUAUUUCAAGCACAUCAUUCCGCUGGCCACAGCUGCCUUUAAAACGAUUCCAUCACAGGAAGGUCUAUACCUAGAGCUUCUUGUGAACUUCAUCCAGCAUUCCCUGCAUCUAUUAGAAUGUAUGUACGACCCUUUGCACCUCUGGAGGAGACAUCUCUCAAACCAUGUCGGAAAGACGACCCAAAGCUCCCGACCAGCUCUCCUAAGUGUGGAGGUGGUGCCGUUCUUCUAUGAUUGUUUGUCUAAUCCUACCUGGUCGAUAGCCAUCAAGUCAGGCCUUCAUUGUCACGUCCUUCACAUGUUUGGUGCUAUCGUCACAGGUUCAAAGCCCAACGCACAGAUGGCAACCACGCCCCCUACAGUCGACAUGCUAUUUCGCUUGCUGACGAGCGAGUCGGACCAUGGCGUGACCAGAGGGCCUGAUUCUGAGAAACACUCGGUUACGGAGCUGGUACUCCGAUGUCUGGUACAAAUGAUCAAGGUCAUACACAGCUGUUGUCCUGAAGAAAGGCAGGUAGAGUUGAGUGAGUUGUUGGAGCAGCUUCUUCAGGCUUUGAGGAGUAGCCAUAGAAACAGUGAUGUACAAUAUGCAAUAUUCAGAAGCAUCCCUCAGACACUAUUAGAUUCUUGCAGCAACAAGAGCAGCCUCCAGAGGGCAUUUGUCAAAGCAGAUGUAUUCACAACUCUAUUGACCAUCUUAGAAACAGCAACGGUUUCCGAUGGCAACAAGCAAUUAGCCGUCUUCUUCACUGUUCAUCUCCUUGGUGCUAUUCUCAACGGGUCUCUUUACGCCAAGGAGAUCUUCAAAGAGACGAUAGGAUACGACAAGCUUGGGGAGCUGAUCGAUCGACUAGGGACUCCAUCGCAGGAACUCAUUGAAACCUUGAUGGACAUGGUAUUUGACACACCUUACAAACCAGACAACAAGCUGCUCAUCCAGAAUACGGGCGUGGUCUCCCUCCUCCUCUUCCUCCUCCCCCUCAUCCAUCACAACCCCACCCUACAGGAGUUUGUCGUCGACGGCCUGGCCCACAGCUGCGUGUCAUGUGACUAUAACCGCAUGCAGUGUUGCUAUGACGGUAUCGUGUCAGGGGUCAUCAGAGCUCUGCAGUGCAGGGAACAGUUGCAUCGGAAAACGGAAGAGAGGUUAAUAGGCCUACUAGAGUCACUUGGAGCUUACAGCAUUACAUCAUCCCAACUCAAGACUCUGAUUGGCUUGAUGAGAGGCGAGGAUGACCAAUCACUGUCUGGUAAUUGCACGAGACUCAUGAGGGCGCUGUCUAGAAUGGCUCGGAAGGAGGGCAAGCUCAGCGCUCAUCACUACUUUGACUUUCAAGCCGAUGAAACAGGUAUCUCAAUACCAGUGAUCAAGAAGUGGCCCGGUAGUAGUUUCAGCUUUCAUACAUGGGUGUGUCUCAACACCACACCUGUCACCCUUGAGAAGGGGCUCUACAGAAGGCAGCUCUACAGUUUCUACACUGCCAGUGGAUGUGGGUUUGAAGCGUUCUUCACGUUGGAUGGUGUCCUGGUUGUAGCCAUCUGCACCAAGAAAGAAUUCUUCUCUGUCUCUCUCACUGAUUAUCCAAUCACUGAUAAUAACUGGCAUCAAGUAAACAUAGUCCACUAUGGCUCCAAGCGUCCCUUUGUUCAGAGUCAGCUUUCCACCUUUAUUGAUGGUUAUCUCAGGCAAACAUCACAGCUCAAGUUUCCUGCCAUGGGAGAGCCUUUUGUCUCCAGCUUCAUCAGUUCUCCGCCGACCUUCAAUUCCCUGGAGCAGGAGGAUGAGAUUGAUUCCACCGCCGUCGCGAUGAGACCGCGAUCGACAUCGACGACCACCAUCUCGUCUAAGAGGCCGUUUACCCUGCGUGUCUUGAAAGGCCAGUCACAGUCUAUGUCAGAGGAAACCCCUAUCAGCAUGGUUCCAGCAGACAUGAAGUACCUUGAAUGGGGUUCCUCAAGGUCACUGCAAGGUCAGAUGGGUAGUGCGUGUGUGUUCUAUGAUACCCUCACCCCACUUCAGGUCAAGAAACUUUAUGCCGCUGGUCCCAACGUACUGACCUUGUUUCAGGUCGACGACCCCGACCUGGCAGACCUGAACAGCAAGGUCUUGAUCUACUACCAUGGUAAGGCUUGCAAGGACAGUACCUGUAUGGAUCUGUCCAGGAACCAGCCCUAUGAUGGCUCUCUGACGGGUCACAGCUGUAGUACUGGUCGUCUCAAGGAUGUACUGAAUUGCAUAGGAGGGGUGCAGGGACUCUUUCCCCUCCUGGAACUGUCACUCCAAGGCCAAGCAGGGUCAGAGGUCACGACCCCAGAGGAAGUAGAAUCCCCAACAGCAUCAGUCAAUGUGGAGAAUGUGGACACUGACUGGGAGAUCCUACCAAUGAAUAUGCAAUGUGAGGCACGGCUAGAGAGGAAUCGUAUCUCAGGCUUUCUAUCACUCCUGAAGAAUGUUUGUAUUGGACAUUCCAUCAACCAAGAACUCCUUCACAAAACACAAGGUCUAGCGACAAUAGGAGCUCUACUCCAGAAGGCGGAGUCUUCCCUGAUAGACGUCAAUGUCCUGAUGGCGGUUCAACUCCUGGUUGAGUCUGUCUGCGCAGGAAGCCCUCAUCUCCUAAAGUCGGCUCACCGUCACCUUCUCUUUGACUUCAGGAUAUGGAGCAGGAGUGAUUUCCCUGUUAGGAUAGGUCACAUACAGUACUUAGCAACAAUCAUCAAGGAUAACAGGAAGACCUUUCGCAAGGCAUAUGGAGUGCAAUUCAUGCUAGAUGUCAUCAGAGCAUACUACAGUGGUGACACAGAUAUCACAGUAGAUGAUUCCAAGGCCAUCAGACAUUCCCUGCGAGGUUUGAUCCGGUACUACGUCUACCGCAGUAUCAACCAUCAGGAGCUGCAGUGUAUUCUAGGAUUCAUCGCAGCUGUGAAGGAGCAGGCCCUGAUUGAGGAGGCCCUGGAUCUUUUGUUGUCCCUGAUGGAGACUCCAGGCAAGGAUCAGCUGCUUCUCCUCCUCUAUGAGCAUGGCUCUGCAGACCUCCUAUAUGUCCUCCUGACCAGGCCCGAGUAUUCAGAUGGAGUCCAGGUCAGAGUACUCAAGCUGUUUGCUGGGAUGCUACACUCUACCAAGGUCCAGGAGAAGAACAAGACUAGGAUCCGUCUGCAAGACAUUGGAUUCUCUGGUCUAACCUUACUCAUGGAACAUGCUGCCGUCAGCAUGUCGGUAGCCAGGACACUUGUGGAACUGGUCACAGAGGGUCAACUGAAUCAUAGAGGCCUGCUUGCUGUUCUGAAGACGCUUCAUUCAGCCAAUGCCUUGGUCAAGUUAGAAGCCUGCACCCAGCUUCUUCACAUCCUCUACACACAGCCUGACGCCAGGACACAGAUAGCCAAGAUACCCGGGUGGCAGGACACCCUCGCCCGGCUCAUCAUCAAGACACAGGACAAUGACAACAACCUCCUUGGUGUGGAGAUGAACGGCUUCUUCAGUACCAAACAGCUCCAGGCAUCGGAGUCGUCCUUGGACAGUCUGACAACUGAAGACAUGGAUGCCAUUCCCUUGACUUCUAACCAUCCACCAUUCACAUCCGUUUCGAACACAGCAGAGGGCUUUUCAAACUCGAUCACAACGACGAGCAACGGAACUGCUGCGUAUCACGAGUCGGCUUCUCUGAACUCGGAAUCCCUUGAUCAAGACAAGUUGGAAAGGAGCCGUGCAGCCACGAUGCCGAUCUGCGCAAGUACAACACAAAUAAUAAUCGAUCGGACACACUGUAAUUCCGACAACUCACCUUCCAUGCCAAGUACAUUUCCAACCCAGUCCGAUUCAAGCUGGUCGUUACCUAUAUCUGUUGAUACUGAUUCCAUUGCAACGGAAAGCACAUUAAGCAUAGACACACCCGACGAUUCUAGCAUACUCUGUGCUGUUGAUAGUGGUGUGAGCCUGACGAGGCCAUCUGAUUUGAAUAUUUCAUUAUUAUCGGAGAGAGAUGAGCCUACCGCUAUCUAUGAUCUAAGCCCUGGCGGUAUCAUUCAGAAGGAAAGGAAUGAACAGACUUUGGUAGAUACCUUGAUAGAGAUUUGUGUUCAGAUUAUGUGGUUAGGAGUCGAUGGAAGCUCAGAGGAUACAUGGAUUGCCAGAGGUCAAAUCUUCAAGUGCAUCGCUGACCUCUCAAGCUCUCAUCAGAUCCUCCGUCCUGCCAAUCAGAUAAAGCGUCAGAUGCUGGAGAAGCUCCUAGAGGGCGCUGCAGGGGCCAUCAGGGCUGCUGGGACCUCAACGGCCGCUAACGCAGAGAACGCCCUCUAUCUUGUCAAGCUGGUGUAUGAUUUCUUGUUCGGUGUCGCUGGCUCUGAUCCAACAAGCUGGAGUGUUAAGCUGGAGGAAGGAGUAGUUGACCUUCUGGACAUCCUUCAAGUAUGGACGGAUACGAGUCACAUUGAGGAAUGGAAGGAGAUGUCUCGUCUUGGACUCAGGUUGCUGCUCAGGUUCUCCUCUCACAAUAACCUUGAGGAGAUGUCUCAUCUUGGACUCAGACUGCUGCUCAGGUUCUCCUCUCACAAUAACCUAGAGGUGAGAAUAAGAGAGAUAGAGGGAGAGAGAGAGAGAGAGACGGAUAUGAGUCACAUUGAGGAAUGGAAGGAGAUGUCUCAUCUCGGACUCAGGCUGCUGCUCAGGUUCUCCUCUCACAAUAACCUAGAGAUCUGUGCAAUGGCAUCUGCAAGACUACAUCACCUGAUCCAGUCUCGUCCCAUCACGUCACCCAGCGAAGCAUGCUUCUUCUUAGGCUCUCUAGACGAAGCCCUCAUCCAAAGUCUGGAUGAAACAGAUGGAAAGGAGGAUACCUUUGCGUACAUGAUCCCUCUAGCCAGGGCCAUGGUUGAUAAGUACAGGGAUGAGCUGGGCAUGUCAUCGUUCCUGGUCAACCUCCCGUCCACCGAAACCAGUCCGACGUUCGUUGAGGAUUUCAAGGAGUACUGCAAAUCGGAGGAGUGGAGGAUGUACAUUGAGAAACAGGUGCAGCCCUUCAUGCAUGAGUACAUCACCAACAACUACUCGGACAUCACAGCCAAGAUGUCCAAGUACUGGCGGAAGUGCUUUGACGUUCUCAACACCAAUAUCCAUAAGAGAGAGCGGGAGAGAGGAGAGAGCAAGCUAAAAUUCACUGUAAGUCAUGAUGUGUGCUUUUUGGAAGGGAAAGAAAAAGAAUGUUGCUUGAUAUGCUGUUUACUCAGUACCCAGGUGAUCGAGCCAUUCAACGCGAUGUGCAAGACAGAGAAUGCAAGACACGCCUCCACGUGCAUCAAGCUAACCAAUCAGCAUCAGUCUACUAUGAGACAAUGGAGGGCUGCAAAGAGGUUCCUGAUUGGUGAGAGGGGAGCAUGGGCAGAGAGGAAUCCACAGGAUAUCUUCUGGAAGCUGUCAUCGCAGGAAAACUUCUCUCGGAUGAGGCUCAAACUGAUGCAGAACUACAACUACGAUCAGCACAUAGAUGCUAGUCAGCAGAGAGAUAACACAGGUGUAGCUACUGAAUCCUCUCAAGCUCUCCCUCUGGGUGUGGCUAAAGAGGCAAGGGUCAGCGACAUGGAGCUACAAGAUGACCGACUGGGAGACGAAGAAUGGAACCUGGUCAACGUGGAAAGCGGUGGGGAGGAGCAAGGAGAGACGGUCAAGGAGAAGGUGGUCAUCUCUGAGGAAUGCCAGCUGAUCACCCUGGUGGACGUCAUCCCGGGCAAGCUGGACAUCACUACCACUCACGUCUACUUUUAUGAUACCAGCCCGGAGAAAGAGGAAGUGUUUGGUCAAGACUUCAAGUGGUCGCUGUCCCAUCUGAGAGAGGUCCAUCUGCGUCGUUACAACCUGAGACGUAGUGCCAUUGAGGUGUUCUUCAUCAACCAAACCAACUACUUCAUCAACUUCAAGGACAGGAAGACAAGAAACAAGGCAUAUAGCCGGAUUCUAAGCCUGAGACCUCCCAAUCUGUACUACACUGGAGCCAAGUCCCCGGCAGACCUUCUCAAGGCAUCAGGUCUCACUCAGAAGUGGAUUAACAGAGAGAUCUCCAACUUUGACUACCUGAUGCAGCUCAACACGAUAGCAGGGAGGACGUACAAUGACCUGAGCCAGUAUCCAGUGUUUCCAUGGAUCCUGUCGGACUAUUCUUCAGAAGAGCUUGACCUUGAGAACCCAGAAGUAUUCCGUGACCUUUCCAAACCAGUUGGGGUUGUCAACCCAAAGCACAUUCCAGAAGUACAGGGAAAGUAUGAGAACUUUGAGGAUCCAUCAGGCACUAUCGACAAGUUCCACUACGGUACUCACUACUCUAAUGCAGCAGGGGUCAUGCACUACCUUGUACGUAUGGAGCCGUUCACAAUGCUGCACAUCCAGCUUCAGAGUGGAAGAUUUGAUUGUGCAGACCGUCAGUUCCAUUCUAUCGAGUCUCUAUGGGAUACACUGAUGGAGAACCCUAAUGACGUCAAGGAACUCAUCCCAGAAUUCUUCUACUUGCCAGAGUUUCUUGUCAAUGCAAACCAAUUUGACCUUGGAUGCCUACAGACGGGAGAACCAGUGGAGGAUGUCAUCUUGCCAAAGUGGGCCAAGACCCCCGAAGACUUCAUCCACAAGCACAGACAGGCUCUUGAGAGUGACUAUGUUUCCAGCCAUCUCCAUAAUUGGAUAGAUCUGAUCUUUGGUUACAAGCAGAAGGGACCUGCUGCUGUGGAAGCUCUCAAUGUCUUUUACUACUGCACUUAUGAAGGUGCUGUGGACCUGGAUGCUAUCAAAGAUGACAUUCAGCGUCAGGCCGUAGAAGGCAUGAUCAAUAACUUUGGCCAGACGCCUUGCCAGCUCCUGAAGGAACCCCACCCUCAGAGACGUCUUGCCUCAUCACCGGAGGAGAGCACCAGGUCCAAGGGGCUCAUGAGGACGCAACCAAACUUCAGCAACAUCUUUGAGCAUCUGGAUGAACUCAAGGCUUUCUUUGUGGAGGCAUCAACGGCUGACAAUGACCCACUGGUCUAUGUGAGAGUACCCAAGAGUCAGACUAAGUCUUUCAUCUAUCAAGGCAUGCCUGAUACCAUGGUGACCGUGACUCAGAAGGGCGUGGUCGGUACCCACAGCUGGCUCCCGUAUGACAAGAGCAUCUCCAACUACUUCACCUUUGACCGGGACUCCACCCUCCUCAGCUCCAAAACUCGGAAGUUGGUGAGUGGCCCUUUCGCACCCGGCAUGCAUGUGACCGCCAAGCUGUUUGUGGCGACACACGACGCCCGUCUCCUGUUCGUAGUUGGACACUGGGACAACAGCCUGCGUGUGUUCAACCUUAAGAGCAGUGGCCGUCUCGUCGCACACGUCACUCGUCACAUGGACGUCGUCACGUGCAUAGCGCUGGAUGGGUGUGGCAUGCAGCUCAUCACUGGGUCACGUGACACCACCUGCAUGGUCUGGGAGAUAACGUAUCAGAAUGGUGUGGCAAGUGGUAUCAACAACAAACCCAUCCAGACCCUCUAUGGUCAUGAUGAUGAAGUCACUUGUGUUGCUCUUAGCUCUCAGCUUGAUAUGGCUGUGUCAGCUUCAAAGGAUGGUACCAUCAUUGUCAACACGAUCUUGAAGGGCCAUUACAUCCGGACCCUGAGACCCCCGAAUGAUCCUAACGCCCCCCUCUCCAUCCCCUGUCUGGCUAUCUCAGAGGAGGGACACAUCAUCAUCCAUCUUAGACAGCCUGCUGCUAGCAAGCAUAUGCAGGGGAAAGGUAUCCCAAGCAAGCAGUCUGCUGCAAGCAAACCGGCUCCGGAUCACUGCAGCCUUCAUCUGUAUUCAGUCAACGGCAAGCAUCUAUGCACUGAGAUGAAUGCAGGGUGUCUCACCGACAUGGAGGUCGUAGAAGACUUCCUGUUGACCUCCGACAGUAGAGGGAUCAUAUGCUUCAGGAAGAUAUUUGAAUUAAAGGCAGUGACCACCAUGCGUCUUCAGCUACCAGUUCACUGUCUGUCCGUUGUACCGUCAAAGAGCCAGGUACUAGCUGGCUUACGGGAUGGUAAGCUCAUCAUCGUAUCCAUCGACAGACUUCCUGAAGCAAGAAAAAUAUUUUGAGGGUGAGAACACAGAGCUCAGGAUAGAAGAAAUCCUCACGUCUUCCAAGCUUGAAAUCAACCAAGAUGCCUUUCACGCUGGACUCCCCACGUAACCAGGGACUCCUCAUGUAACCAGGGACCCCCCACAUAACCAUGGACCUAAACACAUUGCUGGAGUAGAACCAUACCUGAGGGUUGUACUAAACACCAAGCUAGCUGAUUCAAAAGGUCUUUGUCGAGAGUUGGGGAAUGAAGUAGAGGUCAAAUGAGGUCAAAUGUAGGUCAAUAGGAGGUCAUGUGGUAUAGUCAAACCUGUCUAGUAAGAGAAAGUGGCCAGUGUGGACAGGUGGCCUUUCUAUACAGGUUUUACAACAUGCAUUUCUCUCUCAAAGGAGACAAAAUGCAUGGCCCCUAUAAACAGGUGGCCUUAAUAGAGAUCAUUAACACAGGUUCGACUGUAUUAGUGAAGAGAAGGUAAAUAUGAAUAUUGUCAGGCAAAUAUCUUGUAGGGUCAAGUAAGGUCAGACUAGAUAGGACUCUUUAUAUAAAUGCUGCAUGCACAUACAUGUACAAACCAUGUAUGAACCAUGUUGACUUAACUCAAUAGACAUGGUACAACAAAAGUGGUAAUUUUUUUUUAAAUUUCUUCUUUUGUAUUUGAGUAACCAUGCCAACCUCUCACUUUUCAUACAUUAAACCUUUUCUGAAAUAAAUGCUGUCCUUGCACUUUUCACUUCAUCUAAAAUUCACAAAAAUGUUAGAUUUAUAAUAUAACGAUGCCAAACACAAUUCUGUUUUUUCCAGUUGAAAACUCAAAUGAUCAAUAGUCAUGUGGUAUUUAUAUAGCUUAUACCUGUAAAUACAUUUAGUCAGUUUAGAAUGAGUAGAAAAGAUAAAAAAGAAAACUGGCCCAUGACCCUAUUUCAAGUUGUUUCAUACUCAGCUGAUCAUUACUGUGGAUUUAUUUUAAAAAAGAGUCACUAACUUCAGUACUUUAUUAGAGAGGUCAUGCAUGUAUAUUUAUAAUACUGAGGUGGUUGGAUGUAGCAGCCUAUAAUGCAUCAGUUAAAUUGUCAAUUUGAGGAUCAGGGAAGAAGGAAAUGGACAGCUCAUUUUGUAAACCACUGCUAUUCUCAGGGAUGGUUUUAAAUACCGGAAGGCAAUGCAAGUAACGGUUGUCUGCUGUAAGCCUAUGAAGUUCUUGGGAACUCUGUACAGAUUAAUAAAACCUUGUCUCUUUUUUUACCUCCGAAUUCACCUGUGAAAUGUAGAACUCUGGAUUGAGCUUUUGUGUACAUUUGUUACAUCCUUUCAAGUUUGCUUCAAACCAUUGAAAAUUAAUUAUAAAUGAAAAUAUAACAUCUCCAGCAUGUAAAAAGGGCAUUUCAUUUCUACAUUUACUCACAUACACAAAAUGAGAUUGUGUAUGAUUCCAUUUUGAUACCUGAAGAAAAGGAUAUUUAUGCAACACAUGUAGGAACUCGCCCUUUAUUUGAAAAAUACAUCUUGUACAGCUUCUGUUAUAAAACAGUGAAAAAAACAUUGCUACAUGUACAUUAUAUACAUGUAGACCAAAGGAUAAACUUGAAGUGUGCAUGGGAAAGCUUGUCUUAUCCAGGUCCUUUAUCAGAGAGAGGGGGGAAGAGAGAGGGAGAAAGAGAGAGAGAGGGGGAGAGAGAGACUAGUUUUAUCUGUUCAGAACAAGAAGUGCAUUGACUCUGCUUAAAAGUGUCAUCCUAAAGCCCUUCUUUUGUGAAGAUAGUAAACAUGUUUGCUCCGCCUCCAACCCGUUGUCAUCUAUUGAAGGAGAUAGUUAUGUGUUACUCUUAUGUAUAUCUGUUUUAUUAUGAAUAACAAGCCAAAUCAAAUAGUUACUUACUGAGUUAUCAAUAAAUACUUAUAGUUCUUUAAAGAUUAUAUUGAAAUUAUAGUUGUGCAUGUACGUGCCUGUAAAUUAUAAGUGGUGUGUUAUUGGAGGUUACGUUUCCAUUGAAACUUGCUUUACUUUGCUGUAAAAGUUGUGUGAAUUGAAAUACCAAGUGCAAAUAUUCUCAAAGUGGAUUUUUCUUUUUUUUUAAAGAUAUAUAUGUCAUUGUAGUCGAGUUUAGAUAUUUGCUGAAGGUUACUGAUAUAAUGCUCAUCAUGCAGAACAUAAUAUUUUUUAUAUUUUUGUUGUUCGUUUAGAUUUGUGGAGUAUUGUACAUUGUAGGUACAUUCUUAAAUCAUGACAAAAUAGGAAAUGGAUUGGUAUAAAUAUGUCUUGAUACUUGGGAAGUACAAACUAGUCAAUGUACAUUUCAAUGUCACAUUGCAAGAGACAGCCUGUGACAAGUUCAGGGAUGCCAGUUUUCAGGCAAUAGCCUGAAUUCAGGCCCUGGUGAGUUAUUUUCAGAAUAAAAUAGCAAAAUAGCUCAUUUUAGGUGAUUUUCAAGCCCUCUGAUCAAUUCUAACUGGCAUCCCUGCAAGUUAUAUGUGUGUUGUAUGUUUGCUCCUAAAUAUCUCUACAUGUAAUUUUAUAUACCGGUAGCUGUUCUUAUUUUGGUAGGUGGAGUUUACAGGUGGCAAGUUCAGAUGAACAGAUUGUUCAAUGAUAUAUAAAAGAAAAUGUGUAUGUUUGCCUUUAAUACAAAGAAAUAUGUUAGCACACUUCGAAAAAUUAUACUUAACUACAUUUUAUACUGCAAUUUAUUUUUCCUCUAGCAUUGUCAGAGCUGGAUGCAGUGUCUUAGAAAUAUAUAGUUAAAUGCUUAAAUAUUUUCAGUGCAGCCAAUUAUUUUGCCUUUGUUGCAUGUAUGCCUUAUAUGGUUGCAAGAAAAGAAUUUUCUGAACGCUAUUGUACAUUUCGUUUUCAAUAAAAGUGUGUAUUGAUUUGAUAUUCUGUCUGGUUAUCUGAUUCACAUACAAAUAUAAUGUUCAUUGUUUGUCUAGGUUAUUAACAUUGUGAUAUAUUAAGUAUAUUUAAAUGCUUGUGAAUAUAAACCCUGCUCUUUCCUAGCUAUCUGCCUUUUUUUUUUGUAUAUAUACUUCAGGAAAGCGCACCAAAAACCUGCACAAGUGUUAGAACUUAAAAGUAUAUUUCGGAGUCUAAUUUCUCAUCACGUUCUCAGAGAGCAGGAAACGAUAAAUGUCGUGGAAUUUGUUCCCCUUUGUAUUUUCCCUAGCUAUCCUGCCGCUCCUCGUAAACCAUUGUUGUGUAGUCUGUAUUCAUUCCAAAGUGUUAUCGCAAUAUUUAUGUACACUUUAUAUUAUCAAUACAUCUAUGGUGUCAGAGUUCAAAUAUUUGUACUAUUAUUAUUAUUGUGUUAGUGUUUUCCGUAUUCAUGUAAUAUAAAUCUGUGGAGAAGAGUUAUCAUGCAAAGAGAUAAAUGGAAUAUAUCUGUGACACAAUUUGUGUGUAAAUGUUUAUUUUGCAGCAUGUGAUUGAAUUAAGUAAAUUAAUUUUUAUUCUUGUGGCUUAAGUCAAGUGGCCUCUGUGAGAAAUUAGACGAUAAAUGAUUUUGAUAUUUUAAUGUUAUUUUCAGUGAAUUAAGAAUUGUUAUGGCAAACGUGUAUGUAUCACAAACAUAACAAAUAAGUAUAUUGAAGAUGCAAUGGAAACUAAUAGUAAUGUUUGAAGAAGAUUGUAGGGCUUCAUAUGAAAACUAAGUAUCCUAAAUGUCAACUAUUCAAACUGUAAUCUUGUACAACAGUUUACACUUGUACAAGAAUUAUUACUCCCUAAUAAUACAUGUAGACUAAAUCAAAACUUCAGUAACAUCAUGCCUUCAUCAUUAGGUCACAUGGUAUUCCAGGAUGUGAAACUGUCUUGAGUUUUUUUCUCACUUUUUCUUUACAUCUAUAUCUAAAAAAGGGCACCUUUGUAAGUAUGUAUGUGUGUGCCCUUCAUUAAUAUAUUGUCUACUUCUGCAUCCAGACAACAAUAUUGUCCACUCUGUCAGCCGGAGAGCAAAAUAAAUUUAAGCCCUUCUGACUCUCCGCAUUAAAAAAAAUAUAUACAUGUAGCUACCUGUAUAUCAGCAAACAUUUAUCUUCCUAAACUAGCCUUACAAUGUACACUAACAAAUGUCUAUAUAUAUAUAUAUAUAUAUAUAUGGCCAUCAUGGAAAAUAUAUGAACAGAACAUUUUGUCUGUUGAGCCAGAAGGCCCAAUACAUACUACAUUCAAAGAAAACCAUACCAUCAAUGGAUAUAUUAAUAGAGAGAUGGUGAUAGCGCUGUGUUGUGAAGAAAGAUAGUUUGCAAGUUGUCUUUAAUAUGCAUGUAUAGCGAGGGAUUACGUCUUUUUGCAAGGUUUGUGUUUAGAAAUAUUGUGGUACAUGUAUUUCUUUGGAAUAGUCUGUAAAAGAGUCCACUCAUAUAUUAUUUUAUGAUUUUAAUAAGUAGAAUUUAUUGAAUGUAAGUGCGAAGGAAGGAGACUAAUGCUAUUUGUUUAAAUGUAUUCUGUAUGAGUGAGGGAUAAGAUGUCAUUAUGUAUGUUAUAUGUUUGUAAAAAAAAGAUAACUAAAAGAGAGACGUCAUAUGCAUUUUAUAUUCCUUAGUGAAGGUGUACAAUCAGAAUAUCCGACCAAUGAGAAAUGAUUCAUAUGAUGUAAUUUAUAUAUUGAUGAAUAGAGGAAUAAAAGAUCUUUAUUUCAAGAACUGUA